AUGACUCAAAGUCUCGUUCCCAAAGAAAACGAUAUGGCCGGGACGAAGGGAGUAUCGGCUGCUGGGCCCAAAGGGGUAUUAAGUCAUAUGAAAUACGAACAUUUGAUCGCGGGUGUUUCUGGCGGCGUGACAUCUAGCGUGGUGCUGCACCCGUUGGACCUGAUCAAAGUGCGGUUCGCUGUGAACGAUGGGCGAAGUGUUACUAUUCCACAGUAUCAUGGUAUACGUAAUGCAUUAGUUACAAUUUAUAAACAAGAAGGUCUGCGAGGACUUUAUAGAGGUGUAGUUCCUAACGUAUGGGGUUCUGGCACUGCAUGGGGCCUUUAUUUCUUAUUUUACAAUACCACCAAAACAUGGAUACAAGGAGGGGAUCCUAACUUGCAGUUAAAUUGGCCAAUGCAUAUGGCAGCUGCAGCUGAGGCUGGUAUCCUCACCCUGUUUUUGACAAAUCCCCUGUGGGUUGUGAAAACAAGGUUGUGUACCCAGUAUGGGAAUGAAAAGCCACUUUACAGUGGUAUGCUUGAUUGCUUUAGCAAAAUUUAUAAGGCAGAGGGUAUACAAGGCAUGUACAAGGGACUUGUACCAGGUAUGAUUGGUGUAUCACAUGGAGCAAUUCAAUUCAUGGUUUAUGAAGAAAUGAAGAAUUGGUACAACAACUAUAGAGGAACAGCCCUGAGCACAAGGAUGAAUACAUCAGAGUACCUCUUCUUUGCUGCUGCAUCAAAAUUAGUUGCCGCAUCGGCAACAUACCCAUAUCAGGUGGUUAGAGCUCGUUUGCAAGAUCACCACCACAAUUAUGCUGGCACCAUGGAUUGCAUCUCUAAAACAUGGAGAUUCGAGGGGCGUCUAGGCUUUUACAAGGGCCUUGGGGCUUCAUUGACUCGUGUGGUGCCAGCAACUAUGAUCACCUUUGUUGUCUACGAAAAUGUAUCUGGAUUUCUUACAUCUCGAAAUUUUUCAAAUAGAAAUCUGAACAGAUUGUGAGGUGUACUUUCAUUUUAGAAUUUUUUUUAUGGCUGUUAUGCCAGUUUACUGUCAGAGUCAGAUGCACAUCACGAGCUCGCGAGAAAGAGACUUUGGAUUCUUUUGUUCCUUGUAGAAGAGAGUUGCGAGGAGCUGCCUCCAGAAAACGCGCCGACGCAGCUGCUCGCAACUCCCUACCUUGUAGAUUUGCCAACAUUCAACUGCAAAAUUAUUGUUGCCUUAUUGCAAUUGCAGCUUCUAUACAUGAUUUGUUCAGUCGAUUCAAGCAUGGUCUGUACCUAGCCUUGAAAAAUAAUUUCCCAGAAUCACCAUUUCACCUCUCUGAAAUGCUUCUAGUCCAACAACUUAAUCACGUUCAAAUCAAACUUCACAGUUGCAGAUUCUUAUCAUUUUUCAUUUAUUCAUCAUAGUUGAAUGGAUCUACAAGUCUAAAAUAUUUUUUCCAUCCCUGAGCAUUAGAAAUCACAAUAAAAAAUAUUAUCAUA